CAGUCCAAAGCCAUUUCUGGUCACAGUUCCAGAAAAAACCCUGAGAGUCAGGCAGGAGUCAUCGCUCCCUUUUUAGUUCCUGCAAGUUGCUCCAGAUAGCCCCACCAGGUAGCUGACACUUGUCAGAUUCAAACCAUGAGCUCUCGGCUUCUGCUGAAGCGUUUGCCGCGCAAUCCCGGAGCGUCGGGUGCCCUGGAUCGCUUACGGUGGUCUCGGUUCCUCGAUAUAAUCUCCUCUUUGGGGUCCCGGCGUGGGCAGUCCUCCGGGUCCCCUACCCACUGGAAUCAAGUGGUCUCAGAGGCGGAGAAGAUUGUGGGGUAUCCCACGUCCUUCAUGAGCCUCCGCUGCUUGUUAAGCGACGAGCUCAGCAACAUCGCUAUGCAGGUGCGGAAGCUGGUGGGAACUCAGCACCCUCUGCUUACCACAGCCAGGGGUCUUGUCCAUGACAGCCGAAACAACUUACAGCUGAGGGGCCUGGUGGUGCUACUUAUUUCCAAGGCAGCUGGACCUAGCAGUGUGAAUGCUGCAUGUCAGGACUAUGACAUGGUCAGUGGCAUCUAUUCCUGUCAAAGAAGUUUGGCAGAGAUCACAGAAGUUAUCCAUACUGCUCUCCUUGUACACCGUGGGAUCGUAAAUUUAAAUGAAUUGCAGUCUUCUGAUGGGCCCCUGAAAGACAUGCAGUUUGGGAAUAAAAUCGCUAUUCUGAGUGGAGACUUUCUUCUAGCAAAUGCCUGCAGUGGACUAGCUUUGCUGCAGAACUCAAAGGUUGUAGAACUUAUAGCAAAUGCUCUUAUGGACUUGGUACAAGGAGUAUACCGAGAAAAUUCUACUUCGGCCAAGGAAAAUGACAUCACUGAUGACAUUGGAAUAUCAGCUUGGAAAGAGCAGACUUUUCUCUCCCAUGGUGCCUUAUUAGCAAAGAGCUGCCAAGCUGCAAUGGAAUUAGCAAAGCAUGAUGCUGAGGUUCAGGAUAUGGCAUUUCAGUAUGGGAAACACAUGGCCAUGAGUCAUAAGAUAAAUUCUGAUCUCCAGCCUUUUAUUAAAGAAAAGACCAAUGAUGCCAUGACUUUUAAUCUAAAUUCAGCUCCUGUAGUUUUACAUCAGGAGUUUCUUGGACGAGAUUUGUGGAUUAAACAGAUUGCAGAGGCUAAAGAGAACGGAAGAUUAAACUAUGCUAAGUUGCGAGAAACAAUCAAAGCUGGCAAAGGUGUGACUUCUGCUAUUGACCUGUGUCGUUACCAUGGAAACAAGGCCCUGGUGGCCCUGGAGAGCUUUCCUCCCUCCGAGGCCCGAUCAGCUUUAGAAAACAUUGUGUUUGCCGUGACCAGAUUUUCAUGACACCGAAUUAUAAAAGACAUUAUUGUUCGUUAGCCCCGCGGAAACUGGGGAGUGAGGUGAUGAAGCAACUCACUGGAGGAGAGAGACGUGCAUUAAUGGCUUCAAGAUCAUAUACUUUCCCCUUCUCCCCCCUUCCUUUCUUCUCACCACCCAAUAAAUUCUGCUUUCUUUUGGGAA